GUAAAAAUUUUUAUUUUUUGUUUUCAUUCUAUUUUUGGCAUGAAGUAAUAAAAAGAACUGAUAUUCUUGUGCAGCUCCAGGAAGUGUUUGGUGACUUCUUUAGUGAAACCAAAAAAAAAAAUGUCAAAAUAUAAAAGUACCAGUGAAGAGAUUAAAGAGGAAAGAAAAUUAAAAAGAACAACAACAGCAAGAAAAUCAAUACAAAAUGUACCCAGUGAACCGCCGGCAAAAUGGGAAGGAAAAAUCUAUAAACUUAUAGAUGGCACAAAUUUCGAUAGCUACCUCGCAGCUUUAGGUGUUGGUCCUGUUUUGCGUAAAAUUGGCAACUCUGUGCGACCAGUAAUUGCUCUGCGUAAAAACGGCAAAUAUUACUCGUUAAUAAUUGCUUCUGAUUUUACGACGACAAUACAACGCUUCGAGCUGUGCAAGCCCUUCGAUGAGUUCACGCUAGACGGUCGGCUUAUGCGUACAACCAUGUCGCUAUUCAAUAACGUACUCAUCCAGCAUCAAAUGGGCGAUAUACCUUCAACGAUAGUGCGGGAGUUUCACGAAGACAAAAUGAUUGCCAAGUAUAUGGUGAAAGAUGUUGAGGCAGUGCGUGUAUUCCAAGCGGCGGAUGAGGAAAUGUGUAGACUGAUUUGGGAGGCAAAUGUAGCUAAGCGAUAUCGUUAAGGGGAAAAGUUGCAUUGUGUGAGUUCGACGGUGUGUAGGAGUCGCAAGUCGACAGUCAAUUUUGCUUCAAGGCAAUUACACUUGGUAACAGUAGAGAGCAAAUUACUGUUACUUUGCGUCACUGCAGUUUGGAACUCACAAAUGUGGACUUCUCUCUCAAUAUUUGUUUCCUAAAUUCUUUGUAAGGUGAGCUUCUGCAUCAAGUUUUUUUUUUUGGAAAUUUUAAUGUUUUUUGUAACGUGUUUUAAUGUAUGUAUAUACAAAAAA